CUGGCGACAGGACAGUCGAACUCCUCCACUUAUGAUCGUUUCACUUCCAACAUAAAAACAGGAGACAGGAAGAGAGAAAAGGGCGCCCAUACUAAACGGUAAGCAAAACCCCUCCUCCUAAUCAGAUGGACGCUCUUAACAUUCCAACGACGCCGUCUUUGAUGAGGGAUUUCCUUCGCCAGGCGGGAGGCGCCGCCGUUAUCGACGGCGGCUUGGCUACGGAGCUUGAACGCCACGGGGCUGACCUCAACGAUCCCCUCUGGAGUGCCAAAUGCCUCCUCACUUCUCCUCACCUCAUUCGCUCCGUACACCUUGACUACCUUGAAGCUGGUGCAGAUAUUAUUAUUACAGCAUCCUAUCAGGCCACCAUACAGGGGUUUGAAGCAAAAGGCUUUUCUAGGGAAGAAAGUGAAACCUUGCUUAAAAAAAGUGUGGAAAUUGCCCUCGAGGCAAGGGAUAUAUAUUAUGAAAGAUGUAAUAAAAAUUCUUGUGAUGGAUUAGGAGAUGGUAGGAUACUGAAAAUUCGUCCCAUCUUAGUUGCAGCAUCUGUAGGCAGCUAUGGGGCUUAUUUAGCUGAUGGAUCUGAGUACAGUGGGGACUAUGGUGAUGCAAUGACAAUAGAAGCUUUGAAAGAAUUUCAUGGCAGAAGAGUUCAGGUCCUGGCAGAAGCGGGUCCUGACCUAAUAGCAUUUGAAACGGUUCCAAACAAGAUAGAAGCUCAGGCUUAUGUCGAACUCUUACAGGAAGAAGACAUAAAGAUACCUGCAUGGUUCUCUUUCAACUCAAAAGAUGGCAUUAAUGUAGUUAGUGGUGAUUCUUUGCUUGAAUGUGCGUCAAUUGCCGAAUCAUGCAAGCAAGUUGUUGCUGUUGGAAUCAACUGCACACCUCCUAGAUUUAUUCAUGAGCUGAUUUUAGCUAUUAAGAAGGUCACUACCAAACCAAUAAUUAUAUAUCCCAAUAGUGGUGAGAGGUAUGAUGCAGAUCAGAAGGAAUGGGUGGAAAAUACUGGAGUCUCAGAUGAAGAUUUUGUCUCAUACGUAAGCAAAUGGUGUGAGAUUGGGGCUUCCCUGGUAGGAGGUUGUUGUAGAACUACUCCUGAUACUAUCCGAGCCAUAUACAGGACACUUUCUCCUAGAUCUCCUGAUCCACCAAUGCAGUAAAUAAAUGGAGCAGCCUGAUUAUAUAUGCAACUGGAUGCUGAGGUGCCUUAACUUUUAAGUUUCUAACUUCUUUCCCAGUUUUAGUCUGAAGACAAUACCUGCACAAGCUUUUGCCUAACAUCUGGUGUGAAUUGCUGUUGUACUAGCUGAGAUUUUCGAUUCAUGAAGGGCAUGCAGCUUGUAUCAGUUUUGGGUUUUGAGGCAUUAGAAAUGAUAACAAUCUGAGGGCUAGUGUCUUGUUUCCUUAGUUUUUAUUUUUUAUUUUUGGUCUAACUGAUGUUUGUUGAAGGUUAAAUACUUAUGUGUAGUAUUGGCCUUUAGUUCAAGCAAAGCAAAGCAAUGUUGUUGGUCUCUAUCCCUAGCUGAA